AGGAGGCGGAAACGGGCGCUCACACGAAGAAGCUGGACGGAGGAUUAGUGUUGAUGUUGUUGUCCGUCCGUCCGUCCGUCCCGUCGUCUGAAUGGAGUGAAGUCCCCCCGCCGUGUCCGCUACACAGCCAGUCCCACGCAGGCCGUCCGCACCCUGACGUCCAGCGUCGACGUCUGACUCCCCAGCAAACACGAAACGUCGCUCCGAAUUAAAGGUGUGACAGCAGUGGGCGGUGAGCAGCGGACUCCCUGCAGGCAAGUGUUGUUGAGGCGUGUGGGUGUUUGUGGCAGCGCGCCGUAGCGGGAUGCCAACAUGUUGCUGUCUCUGGGGAUGCUGAUGCUGUCGGCCACACAGAUCUACACCAUCUUCACCGUCCAGCUCUUCGCCUUCCUCAACCUGCUACCCGUGGAGGCUGACAUAGCUGCUUACUCAUUUGACAACAAAACGGGGAACUUCGACGAUCUGCCGGCUCGUUUCGGCUACCGUUUGCCCAGCGAUGGACUGAAGGGCUUCCUGAUUGGUGCACGGCCCGAGAAUGCGUGCCAGCCCAUUGAGCCGCCUCCUCCGUCAAACAACCUGACAGGUGCCUUCAUCGUCCUCAUCAAGCGCUUUGACUGCAACUUUGACAUCAAGGUCCUCAAUGCCCAGAAAGCCGGCUACAAGGCGGCCAUUGUUCACAACGUGGACUCUGAUGACUUAAUCAGCAUGGGCUCCAACGACUUGGAUGUUAUGAAGCAGAUAGACAUUCCUUCUGUGUUUGUGAGUGAGGAGACUGCCAACUCUCUGAGAGACGACUACACGUAUGACAAGGGGGGUCAUGUGGUCCUGAUACCCGACUUCAGCCUGCCGCUGGAAUACUACCUGAUCCCCUUCCUCAUCAUCGUGGGCAUCUGCCUCAUCCUCAUCGUUGUCUUCAUGAUCACCAAAUUCGUCCAGGAUCGUCACAGAGCUCGCAGGAGCCGCCUGCGCAAAGACCAACUGAAGAAACUUCCCAUCCACAAGUACAAGAAAGGCGAUGCCUACGACGUGUGUGCCAUCUGUCUGGACGACUAUGAAGAGGGAGACAAACUCCGAGUCCUCCCCUGUUCCCACGCCUACCACAGCAAGUGCGUUGAUCCGUGGCUGACCAAGACCAAGAAGACGUGUCCUGUGUGCAAGCAGAAGGUGGUCCCGUCACAGGGAGACUCGGACUCGGACUCGGAGGACGGCGAGAGCAGCCCGGAGGAGAACGAGGAGGUAUCGGAGAGCACCCCGCUGCUGCGCUCGCUGGCCUCCACCAGCGCCCACUCCUUCGGCACCAUGUCAGGAGCGUCGCGCUCCGAGCAGGAGUCGUCCGAGUACGAGGACGACGAGCUGGACAACAGCGACAGCGAGGAGGGGGUCACUGUGGAAACGGUAGUGGUCCAGCUGCAGCAGCCCUGCUCCAACGAUCGAGACCACGACCACGACCUGCCCCGUGCCUGAGCCAAUGAACGAAUGGUUGGUUUAUUGAUCGUUAGACUGAUUGGUCACUCGGCCCCGCCUGCCUUUGUCCUCGUCCACAAGCUCAUCGCAGCAGAGACUCGACGCUGGGGGACAUAAAUAAAAUAAACUCGUUGUUCUACUUUUUCUGUCACUGCUUCAAAUAUAUUUUAUUGUAUCUUCCCCCAGAAAUUAGUUUAAAUCACAAUGAAUUCUUUUAUAUGUCAGCCUGAUAACGGGGGGGGGGGUAUUGGAGAACAGGAAGAGUCAGUGGAUGUUAGCGGUUGAUUGACAGGAGCGUUUACUCUGCUGUACAGUAGACAGUCAUACUGUAUGCCUCAGUGUAGGUUGAGACAGACAUCCACCUCGCGGCCCUGCCUAACGGACGGGUCCUGGAUGCUCAAGUGUGCUUGGAACUGCAGAGUGUUUGUGUGUAUAUAUAUCACAUGUACAGAUCACCAUAACUUCCAUUUCACCGUUGAUUAUCCUGUAGCUUAUGUGUCAGAAGGUGGGGGAGGAGGAGCCAUCGUUGUACAUACAUUCUUGGGCUGCGUAGUCAGACCUUCACCCGAGCACCAUGCACCCGUUUUGUAAAAGUCAGCUGAUGUUAUGUUUUCCACGUUGGUAUGACCGCGUUUGAAACCACGCCGCUGUGGUUUUGCCAAAUUUCUCCCUGGCCUGUGAGCCGGGAACAAGGUUCUCCUGUCGCUGUGCUCUGUGCCACGGCUGGACUGUUACUUUAAAAGGCAGAAGCGAAGGCGAACCGGCCCGGCAGCGCGCUUAGUCAGAGGACGCGGCUGGUGGACGGUGUUUUAGUUUGGUUGCACUACAAGGAGGAGGAGGAGGAGGAGGGGCGUCUGUCCACCGUGAGGCACAGCCCGACACGGCCUUCAUGUGGCCGCUCCGCACCGACCUCUUCACCUCAGGCGGUUUCUGGUUGAUCGAUCCUCAGCUGACCUCUGGUUUUAAUACUGCACGUAGAUGAUCUCCAUGUUUGUUCUUCUUCUUCUUCUAACUUGUCUUUAACCGUCCUGUCCACAAGUCCCGCUGCCUUCAUUUGUUCACUUGUGUUCUGUCUUGUGAUGUUUUAUGCUCACCUGUUGUUUCAUCUAAUUUCACUUCAAUAAAGGAAAUGACGUCAAAGCUUCUGUUCAGAAACGG